AUGUCCGGCUACCAGUGGCGUGGAUACGGCUCCUCUUGGAAUCAUCGUGGUGGUGGCGGCCGCUUCGGCUCAUUCACCAACUAUGGGAAAUCUGCAGGGAAAGGAAAUGGGAAAAGCACCAGCUUGCCAUCAUUGCUCAAUCAGCUUCAAAGUGAGAUUGCUGCUCAGCAACAGUUGCAGGCCAUUGCUUCGGUGUUGACCCCCGUUGCUGGUAUGAACACGCCGGCUCUCUCACACCAGUGUGCUGAGCCAGCUCCUGCUCAGGAUGCCAGCUUCAAGCUCCUCCAUGAUGAGAUUGCAUCUCUUCGGGCAGAGAUGACCAAAUCUCAGCCACCUCAGGCAACUCAGAUUGAGGCCGAUGCAGCGCAACUCCUCUCCGAGCUUCGAAAAGAGGUCUUGCAGCGUCGCUCCCAAGAUCAGCCGUCGCAGGUGAGUACCAAGAGUGAGAUCCAAUGCCAUUUGGCUGAGCAACUCCAAAGCAUGCGAGAAGAGCUUGCCACCAUGAAAGCUCAGCAGGCUGUCCCGCCUUCCUCCAAGCGGAAGAGGCCUUCCACGCCUUGCGCACCAAACAGCGCUGGAGAUGCUUCCAAUGUGACGAAGGUUGAGCAUAGAGAGUUCUUCUCCUCCGUCUUCGGCAAGAGGUCAGUUCUUUGCAAAGUUGCAUCUAUGCCCCUCUCCGAGUGGGCUGCAGUCCAAGCUGCAAAGUUGAGCCAGAGUGACUUCGACUCCAUGGUGGCCAAGUUUGAGCCGCAGAUGGAGCCUGAGGAUGAGACCGAUGAAGGCGUUCUCAAAGCCUGCUUCCUCUUAUGGAAGCUUGAUCGUGGCGCGGCUUCUUCGGUACCAGCCCGUACGCCGG